GUGAAACUCCUGCAGAGGAACCCUGACUUUUCUGUCCCCUCCUCUCCGUCUCUCCAAGCCGGGCCAAGGCUCUGUACGUGCAAACAGACAUGACCAUUCACUUGUGAAGAAAACCCUGGAGAAAUUAUCCCGAAAUCGUGUUUGGUUGGAGAAACGGAGGGCAUAAUAGAGAAUAAGCAUAAUGGCCCCUAAAAACGUUAAAGAAACCUGGCUUUCAUUUUGUUUCUGUGUAGUUUUGGUCGCUCCAGUUCUGGUCGAAGCCCAGUAUGAGAAAUAUAGCUUUAAGAGUUUCCCACAGAAAGAUCUGAUGCCACUUGAAUCUGCGUAUGGACAUGCUCUGGACCAGUAUGGAACGCAGAACUGGAGGGACAGCAUCAAGUACCUGGAAUUGAGUUUGCGUCUUCACCGGCUCCUGAAAGACAGCGAAGCGUUUUGCAGCCAGAACUGUAGCACUGUCAGUCGGGACAAUGAUACCCUCUUCGCGGACAGCAGUCUCCGCAUCAUGCGGCAUUUCUUACUCCGGGCUUCGUGCCUUAAAAAGUGCAAAACAAAUUUUCCAGUGUUUACAGUGGCCUAUCCAAAGAGAGAUGUUCUGGAAGCUUUUGAGAAGAGGGUACCCUACCGGUACAUACAGUAUGCUUACUACCAGGUGAGAUCAAAUAGUUAUUCUGCUGAAUGGGUGGACAUUAAAUACAUUUAGGGUAAGAUAUCCAAAUAACGGUUUAUAAACGUCUACAUGUCUAUACUAUUGAUGGUCACAGUGGGUUUUCCCUUAAGUAGAUAAUAGGCCUAAUUGUAAGAAUCUUAGGAUAUGUUUAAUAAAAGAUUCAUUCUAAUAUUCUCAUCUAAUUGUAAUAACCUGUCUUGGCACACAUAUUACACCGUUAUGCGUAACUAAUGCAUAAUAGGCCGAUAUUUACAUAGGCUACUGUCAUAGCCUGAUACUUCAAAUGAAAUAGCAUAUAGUAGCUUGUUUUCCAUCAGCAAUACUUUGUCACAGCGUGAAACAAGCGGGAAAGAAUAACGUUUUUCCUAGACUUUCCUCAGCCCACCUGUUGAGAAUGCAGCAAACUCAGCAGUUGAACACACAUGCCACGUCUCUUAAACAGCGCCCCGUUAAACAGUCCCCCAGUAAGAACAAACGCCUUCUUAUUUUCUACCAAAGCAAACACCACACGUAGGGCUAUGAGGCAGAAUACCAGGCAGGCAAAUCAACAGCGUUCCCCGUGGCAAAAUAAAGAGGGUUUACUUUUGAAGUGAAAGUAAGCCAAACACGCUUGCAACUGGAAUGUGUGUAAAAUAUAUGUGUGCAACUAUUUCUGCGGCCUGUGCGCACACGUGAGUGUUAUAAUUUGAAUGUUUCCUCAGGCAAGCCCACUCCUCCCUUGGAGAGCAUCUUCUCAGGCCAUUACCUCUGCAUGCUCUCAGCAUCUUCCUCUAUUCACAUCCAGACGUUCUCAUAGGUUUUCCAUGCGCGUGUCAGCCAAACCGGUGAUCUCAUGGCUCUGUUAAGAGCAUUCUCCGUUUCUUCACUUGUUCAGAUAUAUUCCAAAAACCCUCCUCCAUAAGACAGACCAAGGUCACUGUUUGAAUCUACACAGCAUGGGUUCUUCACAAUUGCCAGGCUUAGCUACUACAUAGUAACCUUUGAAUAUAGGCAGACCAUAUUCUUCUUACUGCCAAAAGUGUUGAUUGACAGUUGAUAAUUUCAGCACAUGCCUUAAAGCCAUAUAGUGUCAGUGGCUGAAGCACACCUCUUAGCAGUUGGUGAGGUGAUUUGAGGUUAGAAGUCAUGUUAUUCUAAGGACUAAAUAGUGUUAGCAGGACCUGCUGCAUGUAGAGAACCCCUUGAUUCAGCUAGGCAUCCAUUAGAAUGAGAGAUAGUGUCUAUAGAAGUCAUCCAACGAUGACACCAAGUACCAGAGUACCAAGACCGACCAAUCAGACUACUGGACCCUAUAUGACCAAUAACAAUAACAAUGAUCCAUUCUGUAUCUCCUCUCUCCCACAGUUAAACAACAUAGAAAGGGCCGUGUCAGCGGCCCACACGUUCCUCCAGAAGAACCCAGAAGACCCCUUUAUCUCCAAGAACAUGAACUACUACAAGACCCUGUUUGAGCUGGACGAGUACCUCAUCGACCACGAGGAGCGACCCUACGAGGUCAGUGUGAGGUCAGCGCACAACCCGCCAUACAAAUCAUAACUAGCUCUGAUACCCAUCACCUGACACAGUAAUAGAACUGAUGAGAAUGGCUUACCAAGAAACACUUCCAAAAGGACUAAUUCAAGGUAAAAAGGAGUUGGAGCACUCAACAAAAAAAGCUGUACAAUGGAUUAAAGUGAGCAAAAAUAAAUAAAUCUCUGCCUUUUUUUUUUUUGAGUGCUCCAACUCAUUUUUACCUUGAAUUAGACCUUGGUAAGUUUUUCUCAAGAUUUUUGUCAUGGUUGUUGAGCACCCCUCCUUUCCUUUGUUUGCUGAAGCGCGACGGCCCACCUGAACACAGUACUAGAAUGAUUCAUUGAAAAUAUGUGUUGGUUAGUAUGUUAUCGAUGGCUUUCUCAAUCUAAACAUGAAUGGCUGAGAAACAUACUAUAGUAUUUCUUCACAACUCCGUUAGCAAAAAGUCUUCAAAUAGAAUGUAGGUUUGAAUUCUAUCCAAAUGUUGGUUGUUGUUCUGCAACUGUGUGCUAUGUUUCCCCCAGUCCUCCUACUCUGCAUCCCUCCUGUCCUUUCAGCCCAUAUCUAGUGUCUCUAACUGUGCUGUCCUUUCUGACCCAUCGCUGUUGUUCUUUCAGCCCAUAUCUAGUGUCUCUAACUGUGCUGUCCUUUCUGACCCCUGGCUGUUGUUCUUUCAGCCCAUAUCUAGUGUCUCGAACUGUGCUGUCCUUCUGACCCCUGGCUGUUGUUUCUUUCAGCCCAUAUCUAGUGUCUCUAACUGUGCUGUCGUUCUGGAACCCCUGGCUGUUGUUCUUUCAUGCCCAUAUCUAGUGUCUCUAACGUUGCUGUCCUUUCUGACCCUGGCUGUUUGUUCUUUCAGCCCAUAUCGAGUGUCUUCUAACUGUGCUGGUCCUUUUGACCCCUUGGCUGUUGUCUUCCAGCCCAUAUCUAGUGUCCUCUAACUGUUGCUUGUCCCUUUCUGACCCCUGGCUGUUGUUCUUUCAGGCCCAUAGCUAGUGGCUCUAACUGUGCUGUCCUUUCUGACCCCUGGCUGUUGUUCUUUCAGCCCAUAUCUAGUGUCUCUAACUGUGCUGUCCUUUCUGACCCCUGGCUGUUGUUCUUUCAGCCCAUAUCUAGUGUCUCUAACUGUGCUGUCCUUUCUGACCCCUGGCUGUUGUUCUUUCAGCCCAUAUCUAGUGUCUCUAACUGUGCUGUCCUUUCUGACCCCUGGCUGUUGUUCUUUCAGCCCAUAUCUAGUGUCUCUAACUGUGCUGUCCUUUCUGACCCCUGGCUGUUGGUUCUUUCAGCCAUAUCUAGUGUCUCUAACUGUGCUGUCCUUUCUGACCCCUGGGCUGUUGUUCUUUCAGCCCAUAUCUAGUGUCUCUAACUGUGCUGUCCUUUCUGACCCCUGGCUGUUGUUCUUUCAGCCCAUAUCUAGUGUCUCUAACUGUGCUGUCCUUUCUGACCCCUGGCUGUUGUUCUUUCAGCCCAUAUCUAGUGUCUCUAACUGUGCUGUCCUUUCUGACCCCUGGCUGUUUCCAGCCAUAUCUAGUGUCUCUAACUGUGCUGUCCUUUCUGACCCCUGGCUGUUGUUCUUUCAGCCCAUAUCUAGUGUCUCUAACUGUGCUGUCCUUUCUGACCCCUGGCUGUUGUCCUUUCAGCCCAUAUCUAGUGUCUCUAACUGUGCUGUCCUUUCUGACCCCUGGCUGUUGUUCUUUCAGCCCAUAUCUAGUGUCUCUAACUGUGCUGUCCUUUCUGACCCCUGGCUGUUGUUCUUUCAGCCCAUAUCUAAGUGUCUCUAACUGUGCUGUCCUUUCUGACCCCUGGCUGUUGUUCUUUCAGCCCAUAUCUAGUGUCUCUAACUGUGCUGUCCUUUCUGACCCCUGGCUGUUGUCCUUUCAGCCCAUGUCUAGUGUCUCUAACACUUUGCUUUGUCCUUUCUGUCCUCCAGCCUGUGUUCCUGAAGGCUGUGAAACUGUAUAACUCCGGAGAUUUCAGCGCCAGUGCUCGGGACAUGGAGCAGGCCACCACGGAGUACCUCAAAAUGUACGACCUCUGCCUGGCAGGCUGCGAAGGGUCAUAUGAGGUCACAGAGUACAAAGACUUCUACCCUACACUGGCAGGUGAGUGUCUGACAAAUCCCCAUCUACUCAUGGUCCCUAUUGAGAGGGCAGAGACUCUGGUCAUAGUAGUAUAAUGUUUCUCUCUCUCUCUCUCUCUCUCUCUCUCUCUCUCUCUCUCUCUCUCUCUCUCUCUCUCUCUCUCUCUCAGAUCUCUACACAGAAGUUCUGAAGUGUAAAGUGAAGUGUGAGGAGAACCUGAUGCCCAACGUCGGUGGUUUCUUCGUGGAAAAGUUUGUGGCUACCAUGUACCACUACCUCCAGUUUGCCUACUAUAAACGUACGCACAUGAAAGUGUCACUCCUUCAAUAGAAACUUUACUGCACUUGCAUUUCAUGACCAAACUAGUACAGCAACUAUUCAAUGUAAUAACACUACUUGAGUAGAAGGUUGUUAUGCAGUUGUCAGAUGACCCCCCCUCCCUCUGUACAGUGAAUGACGUGCGUAACGCGGCUCCGUGUGCGGCCAGCUACAUGCUGUUUGACGCUAACGACCAGGUGAUGCAGCAGAACAUGGUGUAUUACCGCUUCUACCGAGAACAGUGGGGCCUGGAGGAGAUGCACUUCCUGCCUCGCCCGGUGAGUAACCAGAUUGCUUUAUAUAACCUUCACGCCCAACUCAGCAUCCCAAUGUGCCCUGUCAAGACUUAACAUGUAAUUUCUGAUUAAUAUGAACCAUCAUCUAGAACAGUGGUAUUCAAAGUCAGGGUCACGACCCCGGGAACUGCAGUGGGAUCGGCAACAUUUUUUUGAUUGAAUGGGACAAUAUACAAACGUUUUUGAGAAAGAUAAUUUGAACAAAAACGUUUUAUUGAGUAAAUAUAUUUAUUGGUUUCUUUUCAUUUUCAUAAGAGAUGACAAUGCAAUGAAUGAAAGGUUAUUUGUUGAUGUAAAAAUCAAAAUUUACAGAUUCUAGGGAGGGAUCCCCAUAAAUUCUGGUGAAAGAAUUGGGUCCUGGCUGAAAAGGUUUGAAUACCACUGAUCUAGAAUUAUGGUAAUAAACUUUACCCAGAUUAACCUCAGCCCUGAACCUGAUUCCAUACAAGAUACAUAAUAGUUUCAGAUUUGGUGUAUGGUGUAGCUGUUGUUUCCUUACUAAAAUGUGCUAUGGAGCACCACAGCUCCACAAAAACCAAGAAAAGGAAAGCUGGAACAUAUACUGUAGCUAUGGUGUGAACACCAACACCCUACAAAUUAAUUAAAAUAUUUUAUAUUCAAAUUAAAAAGGAUUAGGUCCUAUAAUUCCUUGGUUAUGCUCUACCAGUACGGCACUUGCAGCAGCUGCUACGCCAUCAAUUAAAUAAAACCAACAAAGCUCCCUGAAAGAUAUAGGCCUUUUUGAAACUGUGACAAUUUCUAAUGGAGUUAGUGGUGCUGUAAAAACUUCAUGGUAUGCUAACUGGAGGGCAAAAGAGCAUUUGAAACAAAGGGAAACAACAUAGAAUGUUUGGUAGGUUAGCGCCAUAAACAAAUGAGGACUGUAGCUUUGUGUUCUCCUUGCUUCUUGAGUCAACCAAUGAUAUUGACGCGCCACGUUUGUUGCGCAGGAGGCACUGAGGUACUUUAACCAAACAACCAAGCAGAGGGAGAUGCUGGAGUUUGCACUGAACUACCUACGGACAGAUGAUGAGGUAAGGCUUGCCUGCAAAGGGGUGGAGAUGGAAGUAACAGAGGAAACCAGUUUUUAUGAGCAGGACAAAUUCUUGACAGAAGCACCAAAGUCAGAAGUAAUAAACUGUAAUAAAUUGGCUGGUUCGCUUCAAAUCUGGCGAGAAUUUGGUUCUGGGUUGCCGUGAAUAUUUCCAAUGUGCACAAAAUUUUGGGGGUACAGUAGCUAGUAUGCUACUUUGCUACUUAUUUUGUGACUGAAAAAUGACCGGCAAAGUGUUUGAAUUAACUUCAUGAAAAGAGGUGGGGGAAGGGACCACUGUAUCACAGUAUUUACUUUGGGGGAAAGCUGAUUCUGACUACAGGGGAUCUGUGAGGGAGACUACUGUGGAGAGAGUGGAAUGGAUAGAGAUUGAAAGAGGGUCAGUAGCUGGAAGAAAGAGAAAUGGAGAGAGAUUGAGAUUGAUAGGGUGAGGGAGGGGGGUUGUGUUUUCCGACAGUGGAGUGUGGUAUGUAGCUGGGUGGUGUCGGCCUCUGAGGCCCUGCCACAUGGGCUUUUCUCUGGUCAGCCCCUCCCAGCUAACCACACAGCCUCAGCCUAGACCUGAGAGGGGGAGGAGGACAGAGAAGGGGAAAGGGAGGGAGGGAAAUUACAGCAUGCACUAGUAGUGAGAGAUUUAUAAGAGCCAAGAGAAAGGCACAGAAAGUGUGAGAACGAUGACAACGUGUGUUAGAAUUCUAUCCCUGAGAUGUCUGCUAAGUGAAAUCAAGCCUCAUCUUAAAGUGUAGAUGUGUUGUUGUAUGUAACUCAGUGUUGUGUUCAUUGGCAGGAUGUGGUGAGUCCAGAGGAGGUGGCUGCUCCCUCGGCCCCCCCUGACGCUGAGUUUGAGGGGAUAGGAGAUUACGAGGAGUCCUUCGUAGCAGACUGGUGGCAGGAACCCAAAACCAAGGGGGACGCUGGGGAACCUGCAGCCUGACCCCAACCACCAACUCCACCAUGAACACCACCCCUCCCCCAAACAGAACACUACUCAAUUCCCCUCUCAAAGAAUAUGGACAGCCCUGCAGAGCCAGACCUUCCCCAUCCAGAAGUGCCAGGAUACUAUAUUUAGUUCACCCCAAACCUAUUAAAUUGUUCCAUGGUAUAUAUACUAUAUAUUUCAGAGCUAAAGGAACAUAAAAGGGAGAAUUUACAUUGCCAGUUGCACACAGUUCCACCAUUAGCAAGAUCACACAAACACCCACACAGGACCUGUUGAAGGUCAGAGCUGUACAUGUCUGAACUGAAAGCUAAAUUGUGCAUCUGUUUUAGCAUAAGGAAAGAUGUAUUAUAAUUGUUAAUACUGAAUGACUGUUAUUGUUGUUGUUACAUUUCUUAUUUAAUGAAAUGAUUUGCCUUUGUGCCUUAGCCCUGGUAAUAGGGCACUGAACUA